UUAUUUUUUUUCUUGGUUCACAUUCUGUCAAAAUGCGCGCGCAUGUCUGAUGCUCACAGUGUGAUUCGUGUGGUUCAACCGUCCCCGAGAGUACUGGUCCAAUUGACCCCAUAUGAUUUUAUUGAAAUAAUUAGUUUAAAAAAAAUUAUUAAAUAACUAUUUUACUAGAAGUAAAGAUUGAAAUUUAUGACUAAUAUGUGUAAGAAGGUAUUACAAAACAAAUUUUAAGAUUACAUUUGGAAAUUAAAAAAUUAUUAAACAAUUUGUCAAGAGCUGAAAAAAAAGUUCAGAUUCGAAAUUUUAGUCAGGCUAAGAUUUAGUGUAUUAAAAUGUAAUCCGAAGAGGACGACUCAUUUUUAUAUUUUUUUCGAUUUUUUAAAUUUACUGGUUCAAUUGCCCCAUGGUUCAAUUGAUCCCACUCUCCCCUAGUGUUUCGUAUAUUUUAAGUUUUUGAAUUUUCGCGCCAUCACAUUCCGAUGUCGAUAGUUGGAAAUUUUGCAUCGAUUAUCGAUGUAUCGAAUUCCAAAAACAUCGAUAGUUCAAACAUCGAUUUUUAUCGCCCAUCCCUACUGUACCGGUACAGAAUAAACCUCAAAACAUAACCACUUUACUAACAAUUUUUUUAUUUUUUUUAUAAUCAUUUCAAACAACGUCAUAAUAACAAUUAAAUAUAAAUAUGAAAUUUUUAAAACUUUACAACAAAAUAAAUAAAUAAAAAAUAAAAAAAGUAUUUAUAUUAAAUUUUACUUAUUAAGUUAAAGAUGAAUUUCACCGGAAAAAAUUUUAGCGGUAACUUUAAAUUGUGAUUUGAAAUUUAAAAAUUAUAAAAUUCAGAUCGUCCACAAAAAAAUUUUAAAUGAACAAAUAAGUAAAUUAUAAAAAAUGUCAAAUUUUCAAACAGCCUACAAAUUAUCAAAAAAUUUAAAUGAUAAUUUUUUAACCACUGGCUGUAAAAUAAUUGAUAAUUUAUUACGCGGUGGUAUUUCGAGACGCGGGAUUACACAGUUUUAUGGCAUUGCUGGUUCUGGAAAAACACAAUUAGCUUUGCAAUUAUGUUUAACUUCACAAAUACCGACGUCAAAUGGUCAUCAAGCUGGUGUUAUUUAUAUUUGUACAGAAGCUAAAUUUCCAUCUCGACGUUUCCAACAACUAUUACAAAUGUCACCGAUUGCUAAAAAGUAUAAUAUUAAUGGAAAUAAAGUAUUUAUUGAACAUAUAUCAACAGUAGAUGAUUUGGAGAGUUGCAUAGUCCAUAAAAUACCAGUUAUGCUAACAAGAGAAAAAAUAGGAUUGAUCGUAAUUGAUUCUAUAGCUGCACCAUAUCGUGUUGAAUACGAAACACUUAAUUUAAAAGAUCGCGCAAAAAGUCUGCGUAGUAUUGGCAGAGCUUUGCAUAAUUAUUCUAAGAAUAAUAUCUGUAUCAUUUGCAUUAAUCAGUUAACAGCAGCAAUCGAUGAUAAUUUAAUUACUGACCGAGUUUGUAAUAAUGGAACACCAGCUCUUGGUAUUAUUUGGGCUUGUCAAGUAACAAAUUCAUUCUGUUUUUGUAAAUUUAACGAUCAACGGCACAUACAUACCAGAGAAUCUCCGUAUUUAGACAGAAAAACUUUAACUUUUUGUAUUAAUAACGAAGGAGUCUAUGGUCUAGAUGAAAUAACAUAAAAAAAUCAUACAGUUUAGAAAUUUUUUAUGUAAAGUACAAAUUUAAAUUAAAUAUGGUUUAUUUCUUAUUUAUCAAAAAUAAUUUAAAAUGCGAAUAUUAUUUUAGUGGAAAUAAGUAUUAAUUAUUAAGUUUAACGUUACUCUAUAAAUUCCAAAGAAAUAA